AUGUCAGGAUCACUGAAUUCAAAUAUUGGUGGGGAUUCAACAGGAAGGCCAUUCACAUCAACCUUUUCUGGUCAGUCUGGAUCAUUUCCUAAUUUCCAUCACUCUGGCUUGCAUAAUAUCCACGGAAAUCUCAAUCUUGCAUCACUAUCGCCAAGGAAUGCUUCAUUGUCAGGUAUUCCAUCCCCAGGUGUUCAACAACCUGGGGGCAAUAUUCCUGGUAGCCGGUUUCCCUCAAAUAACCUUCCAGUGUCCAUGUCUCAGAUUUCUCAUGGCCAUUCUGGGAUCAGCAACAGAGGAGGUAUGAAUGUUGGGGGGAAUGCUGUAUUUAGUAGUAGCAUGAAUGCUAUUGGUGGUUCAGCACAAGGUUUAUCCUCAAGCAUGGCUAAUGUUGGUAAUCGAAAUUCUGCUCCUGGGUUGACAGCUUCUUCAGUUUUGGGGAACUUAGGCCCACGGAUAACAAAUUCUGCGGGCAAUAUAGUGGGUGGCAGCAGUAUUGGCAGAAGCAUAAGCUCAGCAGGAAUGUCCAUGCCUGGUAUUGCAUCCCGUAUCAAUUCGAGCGGCAACUCUGGAAGUGGGGCUCUUAAUAUCCCAUCCAAUCGACUGAGUAGUAUGCAUCAAGCGUCACCACAGUUCAUGAACAUUCUUGGGAGUUCUUAUCCAGCACCUGGAGGAACGCUAUCUCAGAACCAAGUUCAGGCAGGAAACAAUUCUUUUAGUUCUUCAGGAAUGCUACAUGAUGGAAACUCUGGUGACAAUUCUCCGUUUGACAUAAAUGAUUUUCCCCAGUUAACUGGGCGUCCUAAUUCUGCUGGAGGUGGUCAAGGGCAAUAUGGGUCACUGCGAAAACAAGGAGUAAGUGUAAAUGCCAUUGUGCAACAAAACCAGGAGUUCAGCAUUCAGAAUGAAGAUUUUCCAGCUUUACCAGGAUAUAAAGGCAAUUCGUCAGAUUAUGGUAUGGAUUUGCAUCACAAGGACCACCUUCAUGAGAAUGCAAAUAUUAUGCAGGGACAACAUUUUCCUAUGGGUAGAUCAUCUGGCUUUAAUUUGGGAGGUAGCUAUCCAGCCCGCCAACAACAGCAGCAGAGCACUACUUCGGUUCAAAAUGGUCUUGAUAAUAUUGGGCUAAGGCCGAUAAAUUCUCCAAGUCCGUCUUCUAAUUCGGGGUCCUACGAGCAACUCAUCCAGCAAUACCAUCAACCGCAGACUCAGAAUUCACUUAGGUCGCAGACGUCUUCGGGCCAACAGUCAUCUAAGGAUCAGAGUCAAAAGUCUGCUCAGGGAAAAGAAACUGUGCCAGACCCAUAUAGUUUACUUGGAUUGUUGAACUUAAUAAAAUCAAAAGAGCCUGGACCAACAGCUCUUGCUUUAGGGCUUGAUUUAACUACACUAGGGCUGAAUUUGAACUCUCCAGAUUGUCUUUGGAAGACAUUUGGCUCUCCAUGGUCAAACGAGCCAGCUAAAGGAGAACCUGAUUAUCAGAUCCCUGCUUGUUAUUCUGCUGAGCAACCUCCACCACUGCAGCCAUUCAAUUUUCCAAAGUUUCACCCCUUGACACUAUUCUACAUCUUCUACAGUAUGCCGAAGGAUGUUGCUCAGUUAUAUGCCGCGAAUGAACUAUAUAACAAAGGGUGGUUUUACCACAGAGAGUAUCGUGUGUGGCUCACACGAGCUUCAAAUGUGGCGCCUCUUGUGAAAACACCACUGUAUGAACGAGGAUCCUACAUUUGUUUUGAUCCCAGCCUGUGGGAUACAAUUCAGAAGGACAACUUUGUGCUCCAAUAUGAAUCUGUAGAGAAGAGACCUGUCCUCCCUUCCGCCAGCCAAAAUGUUAGAUUAUAA